AUGCCACGAACCUCAGGAGCAAUAACUACGGCAAGGGGGACAUGGAGGAAGGGGUUCACAAGGAAAAGGGGGCCGCUUACUCAUGCCCAUGAGCACAGAGGCGCAGUACGUGUAGCCGCACUCGCAGAUGGGGCCGGGGGGACCGCCGCCUCCGGUCUGGGCCGGCACCGGGGGCUGGGUCUUGGCCGUGGGGGUGCCGGGGGGGCCGGAGACGGGAGGCGGUGCGGGGACGGCCGGCGUUUGGGCCUGCGGUCGGGUCAAGCCCAGAGCCAUGGCGGUCGCGGCGAGAAGCAGCAGGACGAACUUCAUGAUGUUGACGGUCUGCGGUUGAGAUCAAUACACAGACAAAGGCGUAAAGUGGUGUCGAGGGAGUGA